AUGCUUGUGUUUGAACAGCCGACCGGGCUUGCACAUGUGUACGCACAUACUUAUUUGCAAAUUGUGUUGAAUGGAAGUGGAUCAUCGCCCUUGAUAAAAGAAACACAGCGGCGCACCCAUAAAAGGGAAAAUUACGAAAGGAGUAUGCAAAAUAUAUGUCCAUACACAGACGAAGGUAUCAAAGCAAUCAGGGGGUGUAUACAACAACAAUGGAGUGCUGCUGCCUAA